UAGCGAAGCACAGUGUAGUCCGAUGGGAUAGGUAUAACAACACAACAUAACCGAAUCUCUGGUCUAGUGGCGUGUAAGAUCUCGACUCGACGGUAGAGAACGUGUCGAAUUAAAACGACACGGCGACGUCGCAAUGCUGAAUUAACCGCGUCCUAAAACACAACGUAAUUUCUCCUUUUCGCGAUCGUUGGACAAUUAACAAUCGAUUUCACCAAUUUUUACGUGCCUGUGAUGCGAAAAUUCGGUUCGACCAAAUUUUUAAUCUAACGACAGCAAAGAAUUAGGGACAGCACCGAUGCUGUACAUGUGCGACACGAGGAAACGAUUUGAUGCUUUGGGAAGGGAAGUCUGCUCUCGUAGGAGGGCACCGUGCCAGGAAGCCGAUAUUGCUAUGAACGAGACCCUAUGGUACACACCAAAUAAUUAGCAGGAAAAAUGUGGUGUCUAGUUUUCCUUUCAAUUAGCGCGGUGAUGGGCGGAGAAUUGGGACCAGAAUUCGAGUAUCCUGAAACACCGAAUAUAGAAUAUUCACCUUUACCAAAGGAAGAAGAAGCACCAUCGCCUCUUCCUGGAAUGCUCUAUCCACGAGAAAGUGAAUCGCGAGAAGUGAAAUCAUUGGAUGGUAUGUGGGAUUUUGUGAUUUCUCCAUCGGGAGAUACGCUUAAGGGUUAUAAAGAAGCAUGGUUUGCAGAUGAAUUAUCAAAGGUGGGAAAAGUGAUGCAAAUGCCCGUUCCCUCGUCGUAUAAUGACAUCACAACAUCCAGCGAAUUGAGGGAUCACUUAGGCGCUGUUUGGUAUCAACGAACCUUCUUCGUGCCUUCCUCUUGGCGAGAGCAAAGGGUCUUUGUCAGAUUUGGCUCCGUGCAUUAUCUCGCACAAGUGUGGAUAAACAAUGACUUUGUAACUAACCAUGAAAUCGGUCAUCUUCCAUUCGAAGCCGAGAUAUCUUCGUAUUUGAUUUACGGCGGUAAAAAUCGCAUAACAGUUGCAGUUGAUAAUACUUUGCUUCAAACAAGUGUCCCCCAAGGAAAAAUUGUCGAAACUGCUGUCGAUAAUGGAACUAUACACCAGCAAACUUACACUUUUGACUUUUUCAACUAUGCUGGCAUACACAGGCCCGUUUUGUUAUAUACGAAACCGCGCGUCUAUAUUGAAGAUAUAAGCGUAAGGACGGGACUAAUCGGUGAUGUCGGUAUCGUAAAGUAUAUAAUUGAGCCAGCAGGUUUGUACGAGCAUGAAAUCCCUAUCUGCAGAGUAAGCUUACUCGAUGCCAAGGAUAAUUUAGCCGUGCAAGAGCCUAUUUACGGAUUUUCCGGCACUCUGAAAGUACCAUUUCCUAAUCUUUGGUGGCCUAGGGGUAUGAGUUCUAAUCCUGGAUAUCUUUACACGUUAAAGGUUACAUUAUCGGUGGUAAAUGGCACCAAGAUGGACGUCUACAGACUUCCAAUUGGUAUCAGGACAUUGACAUGGACAAAUACGAGUUUGCUACUUAACGAUAAACCUGUGUACAUGCGAGGGUUCGGUAAACACGAGGACUCGAUAUUAAGAGGACGGGGUCUGGAUUUAGUCACCGUUGCCAGGGACCACGAGUUGCUUCAAUGGAUAGGUGCUAAUGCUUACAGAACUAGUCAUUAUCCUUACAGCGACGAAGUACUCGAUUUGGCGGAUCGGUUAGGUUUUCUCAUUAUCGACGAAUGUCCUUCGGUGGAUACCGAGAAUUUUUCACCGAUGCUUCUUUCCCGUCACAAAGAUUCAUUAUCGGAGCUUAUAAGGAGAGAUAAGAAUCGGCCUUCGGUAAUCAUGUGGUCAAUCGCUAAUGAACCGAGGACUCAACUUCCAGAAGCUGGCGAAUACUUUAAACAAGUUGCUCAUCAUACGAAAGCGCUCGAUCCUACCAGGCCAAUUACCAUUGCCAUGGCUCGAACUGUUCAGGAAGAUAAAGCUGGUGAAUAUCUUGAUGUAAUUAGUUUUAAUCGUUAUAACGCUUGGUACCAUAAUCCAGGCCGUCUCGAUUCAAUAACAAAUCGAGUUAUAGCCGAAGCUGAAGCAUGGCAUAGAAAAUAUAACAAACCUGUUCUUAUGACCGAGUAUGGAGCUGAUACUAUGCCUGGAUUACACGAAUUGCCUGAAUAUAUAUGGAGCGAAGAAUAUCAGAAAAAUGUAUUAUCUAGACAUUUUGUAGCAUUUGAUCAAUUGAGAAAUGAGGGAUUUUUUAUUGGUGAAUUUAUUUGGAAUUUUGCUGAUUUUCGAACAGCUCAAACAUAUAUCAGAGUAGGUGGUAAUAAAAAAGGUGUAUUCACAAGAGAUAGACAACCAAAAAUGGCGGCUUAUCAUCUUCGAAAAAGAUAUUAUUCUCUUCAAAAAGAAUUGGAUGGUACAGAAAUACCAACGGAUCUCGAAGAUUAUAUUUCUCUUCAUUAUUCUUUUCAUUCAAGAAAGCUAUAA